UGUCUAACGAUAAGUCGUUCGUUGUGCCACUGUACUGGUCCCUUGUAUCCGUUAGAUUAUUUAGUUGCAGCAAGAAAAUGUGUGAAGACAUGCAUCUAAUGACAUGUGCAAUUAUGUUCAACGAUGCCAUCAAAAGUUACUCAUCAAUUUUAGCAUACUUAUGCACAUACGCCUCUGCAUGAAGACUACUCUCCAAGUAUCAGUUUAACAUCCGACGAACCAGCACAAAGUUUCUUUUCCUUUAAGAAAAUUCCUCUCCAUUAUGAGAAAAAUGAGUGAUUUUGGGUUUUGCGGCUUACUGGGCUUCCUCUUUGUGUCGUAUUGCUCAUCAUCGCCAAAAAAAGUUAACAACAAGCUCAUUAUCGAUUUCGAAUGGUCCUUUAUCAACUUCACGUGGCCGUCUGCUGAAGACUAUCACAAAUCGUUAUUCGCCAAACGAUACAUUCCAGAAAAUAAUAUGAUUUCCAAUGUAAAAAUCUACGAUGGAUUCAUGUACCUGUCGUUGCCAAGGAUGAAAAAUGGGACUCCAGUUACGUUAGCUUACAUACCAAUUACGAACAGAAGCGACAAACAGGAAGAACUGCUCGUUCCUUAUCCAAACUGGGACAUGAACGUGAAAAUUGGUAACUGCACCACCUUACAAAACGUUCGCGGUAUCGAAAUAGACAAAUUCGGUGUUAUGUGGGUGCUGGAUGGUGUAAGAGUGAACGACCUGACUGAUUGUCCUUCGAAACUCGUCUUGUUAGAUCUUAACAAUUUCGGUUCUGUAAUGGACUCCUUCGAAUUUCCAGAAUCAAUAUGCCCAAAGAAAGGUUGCUUCUUGUACAGCCUUGUAGUGGAUGAUCGCGAUGGCGGAUACGCGUACAUAACGGAUCACAGUUUGAUAGACCCAGGAAUUAUAGUUUACUCCAGACACAAGAAUCGUGCAUGGAAAUUGAGAGAUCGAUCCAUGUUUUCUGAAGUAAAAGACAACUUAAUUGUCGAUGAUGUAACUGUUACUAACAUGGCUCCAGUUGCUGGGAUCGCAUUAUCUCCAACUCCUCGCUUUGCCAAACAAGAUAAGUCCGUGUAUUAUUCUUCUUUAUCCGGUUAUAAUAUCUAUUCGUUAAGUGCUAAAAUUCUGAUGAACGAAGAUUAUUGUAAAAGUGGAAAAUGGAGGCAAGACGUUACCCUGGUGGGGAAGAAAGAGAGUCAAGGUGAUGGAAUGAUUAUGGACCAUAAAGGAAAUUUGUUUCUUUCCUAUCUUGCCAAACACAGUAUUUGUAAGUGGAAUACGAAAAAAAAGUUGAACGACGACAUAAAUGUUGUCGCUAAAGACGCCAAUAUGCUAAGUUGGCCGGACGGUUUUAGUUUUGACUCUGACGGAAACUUGUAUGUGGCUGUGGUAGGUGGAAAUAAAUAUUAUUCCGCUUCAAAUUAUAUCGGUACUAAAUAUAAAAUAUUAAAAUUACGUACAAGAACUAAAAGUUACAUUUACUCGUAGAA